AUGCCACGCAACGAGUCACCAGCGAACACGGUCAUGAGGGAUGUCGACUCCGGCGACGACAGCGGAGUGUAUUAUCUCCUCAUAAGCUCGGUAAGUGCAAAUUGCCCUUCGGCACCAGGUGGCAAGCCUUCAAGGACUGGGUUCGAGAGGGUGGUUGUGAGGUGGAUCAUGUCGAGGUGUUCCAAAAGUCAACAAACGGAUGGAUUCGACUCAUUGGUAGGGAGAACUUCGAUCUCGUACACAGGUCAUCUUAGAACCAGACCAUUUGCUGGCCGAGAGAUCAUCGUCGACGAAAGGAAUAAGAGAGAGCCUAUCAAAAUCCUUGAACUGAUUGACGAUCCGCCGCCAAAACCUAGGUUCGGUGGAAGCUUUCAGCGGCCGCACAAAACGGCGGACCCGGCCUUUGCUGCGUCUGUCGGUACCCACGCCGAGUUGAGAGCGUCCCAGUGUCCGAGUACCACUAUUCCCCGACUGCACAGCCAGCCUGUAAUGCACUCUACGCCGGUGGGCAACGCUAUGGCGUCAAUUUGUGCCAGUUCGCACCGAGUGCAUACGUCGCCGGUAGAAUUGCAGGACUGCAUGUACACGGUAACGGUUGAUAUGCCAAGGCCCAUGACCGGGUUCCCCUUUAAAUAUGGCUUGCCGCAUGCCGUUAGCCUUCGAUUUUGUGAACCACCCCCGGCGAGCUCUGGCAUUCAUUGCAUCCCGCCGUUGUCGAGGUCCAAGCUGGCGAAUUGGCAUUACGAAGGCAGCAACGCAAGCGGGCGCUCAGGUCGGGUCAGCUACGGCGAUGCCGCAUCAACAACAGCAAUGGCAGCUGGGCCAAACUAUAACAUGCCUCAGCGGGCAGAUGAUGGAUACUACACGCUGCGGCCUCUGUCACCAACAUUUGUUGCUUGUAGGGAGCGUCUGAAAGGGGCCGGGUCCAGUGAAAGGCCACUGGAGCACAACUGCAACCCCCCGGUUAUGGUCAACACCAAGGGUGCACCUGCGCAGGUUGUUAGAACUAGAAACAUCCCUGCGCCGACUAAGUACGCGCCUCCUGUAAUUGCCCAUGGAACCAACUACAAGCCACCGAGGUAG